CGUCAGUUUGCAAGAUGGCGGUAUUUGCGUGGCAACAUUGAUGUGAACAGAAGAAUGACUGUUGGAGAGAAAAAGAUUCAUCUGACAACUCCAGUUUCUCCUCCUCAGUCCAGUUUCUCUUCCUGUUUCUCAUAUUUUCAUCAAACUGUAAAAACACCAUCCAGAAGGACGCUCGGGUUUCAGUCAAGAUCUGAAUAAGUAGAGCUGAAAUCUGCUGACGAGGAGAGACACAUUUCGAGGACGUUAACUUUGACCAAUAAGGAUUUGAAAUGAGUUCUUCAGAAGAGAUGAAACCAACAGACACAGACAGGACCAGACCUCAUCAGUGUCAGAAGUGUGGGAAGUCUUUCAGUCGGAUUUGUAGUCUGAGAAGACAUGAACUCACUCACAAUGCAGAGAAACUGUACCACUGUGAACAAUGUGGUAGCACUUUCAGUGAACUAAAUGCAUACAAUUUACAUCUGUAUACCCACCCUGAAGAGACACCAUACUGCUGCGACCAGUGUGGGAGGGAUUUCAGCGACCAGAGCUCAUACAGAAAACAUCUGCGUGACCACACUGGACCAUACCAGUGUGACCAGUGUGAGAAGAGCUUCAGUUACUUCAGUAUUUACAAGAUACACAUGCGUGUCCACACGAAAGAAAAGCCAUACUGCUGUGACCAGUGUCCAAAGAGUUUUAGUUUUUUAAGUUCAUACAAGCGACACCUGCUCAGUCACAGUGGAGAGAAGCCCUACCAAUGUGACUUUUGUGGAAAGAGUUUCACUCAGUCAGGGCAUUUCAGUCUACACCUGCGUAACCAUACUGGAGAGAAACCAUACGAGUGUGACCAAUGUGAAAAGACAUUCAGUGACUUGAGUAGUUACAAGAUACACCUGCGUGUGCACACAGGAGAGAAACCAUACUGCUGUGCCCAGUGUGGGAGGAGUUUCUCUCAGUUAGGUAAUUACAAGUCACAUUUACGUAUACACACUGGAGAAAAACCCUUCCGUUGUGAACUGUGUGAGAAAAGUUUCUCUAUUUCCAAAACAUACAAGCAGCAUGUGCGCACCCACACUGGAGAGAAACCGUACCAGUGUAAAGAAUGUGGGAAAGGUUUUGGUCGUCUAAGCAACUACAUGCGUCACCUUCGUAUUCACACCGGAGAGCAACCAUUCAGCUGUGACCAGUGUGGGAAAUGUUUCAACAGUUCAUACAGUUAUAGCCGCCACCUGCGUGUCCACACUGGAGAGAAGCCAUACUGGUGUUCACAGUGUAAGAGGCUGUUCACGCGUUCACAGUCUUUGAAGAAACACCGCUGUGUAGAAAUAGAAGAAGAGAUUUCAACUGUGUGUAUCAAAGAAGAACAAGUGAGCUGCUCGUCAACAGAAGCAACAAAGGACAAUCAAUAACAACCAACAAAAUAAAUUACAGUGGGUGCCACAGAUGAUACAGCAGACUUUGAAUACACACACAGCACACUUAGGAUCAGUUAAUUGUUGUUGGUUUUUUUCCCAUGGGACC